AUGCUGAGAUAUGCGGCCCGGCGCCUGCUGUUCUCGAUCCCGACGCUGCUGGUGAUCAGCUUCAUCGUGUUCGCCCUGCUCGACUUGGCGCCGAACGAUCCGACCGCCCAGCUUCCACUGACGAUUCCCCCGGAGACCCGUCAGGCCAUCCGCGAGAGUCUUGGACUCGGACAGCCGUUCCACGUCCGCUAUUUCAAGUGGCUGACGCAGUUCAUGAUCCAUGAGCCGCUCAACCUGGCCGAGCGCAUGUGGGGGGUUGAGAUCGGCGAUUCCGAGGGGCGCCUGCGCGUGCGCUCCUGGUCGACCCGCGCGCCGGUCGUGGACCUGAUCGCGGCCCGGCUGCCGCAGACCCUGACCGUCGUCGGCGUUUCCUACCUCGUUGCGGUCCUCAUCGCGGUUCCCGUCGGCGUCUUCUCCGCCUACCGGCAGUACUCGAUCUUCGAUCACGUCGGCACCUUCGUCACCACGGUGGGCUUCUCGGUGCCGACCUUCUUCACGGGAACCGUCCUCAUCGUGGUGUUCAGCGCCACGCUCGGCUGGCUGCCGUCGAUCUACGACACGACCCACCGGGUGACAGAUUUCGACAGCUUCGUUUACCAAGUCAGGCAGAUGGUCAUGCCGGUGAUGGUGCUCGGGCUUUACAACGCGGCGCAACUCAGCCGCUUCACGCGCUCCGCGGUCCUGGACAACCUCAACCAGGAAUACGUCCGCACCGCCCGCGCCAAGGGGCUGACGGAACCGGUCGUCAUCCUCGUCCACGUGCUCCGCAACAGCAUGAUCCCGGUCGUCACCGUCAUUGCGCUGGGGCUGCCGUCGACCUUCGCGGGGGCCAUCAUCACCGAGCAGAUAUUCCGUAUCAACGGCGUCGGCCAGUUGUUGAUCGGCGCUAUCGAGAGCGCCGACAUCCCCACCGUGCAGACCGUGACGUUCAUCUUCGCGGUGCUGAUCGUGGGGUUCAAUCUGGUGGCGGACCUGCUGUACGGGGUGCUGGAUCCGAGGAUUCGCUAUGACUGA